GCAUGCUCUGGAUGUAGAAAACGACGACGUUGUGAGUCAUCUUCAAAAUCUUUUUACCAUUUCCUUUCUGUGUUUAGCACUCUAAUUUCAAAACCAUGGAAUCAAAAACCACUGAGACUCCGAAUCAACAGAAAAAUGUUGCAGAAGAAUCGCAACUUCUUAAAACCCUAACGAGAAUCCUAACUUCAGAGGAUGGGAACACACUUGAAAAGCUAAAACCCUACACAGCCCAUCUCUCUGCGAAACCCAAUCUUCUCAUCUCAGUUCUCUCAUCAAACUCACUCUCCAACAAACCUAACACCCUCUUAUCAUUCUUUAAAUGGUCACAGACCCAUCUCUCAGUCACCUCUCUCUCACCUCUCCCUCUCAUUUCCCUUCUCUCUCCUCUUCUCUCUCACCAUAAAUUCUCCGAUGCCAAGUCACUCCUCACUGCCUUUAUCUCCGCCGACAGGACACAUCUUCUCCACCACCACCUCCUCCACUCUCCGUUCAAAAAGGUUCAAUCUUUAAGGGUGAUUCUUGAUACCUCAAUUGGUGCGUACGUGGCAUGUAAUAGACCCCAUCAUGCUGCUCAAAUUUUCAAUAGAAUGAAAAGGUUACAUCUUAAGCCUAAUUUGCUUACUUGUAAUACUCUUAUCAACGCUUUAGUUAGAUACCCUUCUAAACCUUCUGUUUAUUUGUCUAAAGCCAUUUUUAGUGAUGUUAUUAAGUUAGGUGUUAAGGUUAAUACUAAUACUUUUAAUAUUUUGAUUUAUGGUUGUUGUAUUGAGAAUAAGUUAUCUGAGGCCAUUGGGUUAAUUGGGAAAAUGAAGGAUUUUAGUUGUUUCCCUGAUAAUGUUAGUUAUAAUACGAUUUUGGAUGUUCUAUGUAAGAAAGGCAAGCUAAAUGAGGCUAGGGAUUUGUUGUUAGAUAUGAAAAACAAUGGGUUGUUGCCGAAUAGGAAUACUUUUAAUAUUUUGGUUUCGGGGUAUUGUAAGUUAGGUUGGUUAAAGGAGGCUGCACAGGUGAUUGAUUUAAUGGCACAGAAUAAUGUCUUGCCAGAUGUUUGGACUUAUAAUAUGUUGAUUGGUGGGCUGUGUAAAGAUGGGAAGAUUGAUGAGGCUUUUAGGUUGAAAGAUGAGAUGGAGAAUUUGAAGUUAUUGCCUGAUGUUGUUACGUAUAAUACAUUGAUCAAUGGGUGUUUUGACUGUAGUAGUAGUUUAAAGGGUUUUGAAUUGAUUGACAAGAUGGAAGGGAAGGGAGUGAAGCCUAAUGCAGUUACUUAUAAUGUAGUGGUUAAGUGGUAUGUAAAGGAAGGGAAGAUGGAUAAUGCUGGAAAUGAACUUAGGAAGAUGGAAGAAAGUGGUUUUUCACCUGAUUGUGUUACAUUUAAUACUUUGAUCAAUGGAUAUUGUAAAGCUGGGAGGCUGAGUGAGGCAUUCAGGAUGAUGGAUGAAAUGAGUAGGAAAGGCUUGAAGAUGAACAGUGUGACUCUUAAUACGAUUCUUCAUACUCUUUGCGGAGAGAGGAAACUUGAUGAUGCAUACAAGUUGCUCUCUAGUGCUAGUAAACGAGGAUAUUUUGUGGAUGAAGUUAGCUAUGGCACUUUGAUCAUGGGAUAUUUUAAAGAUGGAAAGUCAGUUGAAGCGAUGAAGCUUUGGGAUGAGAUGAAGGAGAAAGAGAUCAUUCCAAGCAUCAUUACAUAUAACACUAUGAUUGGAGGGUUAUGCCAUUCUGGAAAAACUGAUCAAUCCAUUGACAAGUUGAAUGAGCUUCUAGAGAGUGGCUUGGUCCCUGACGAAACCACAUAUAAUACAAUUAUUCUUGGAUAUUGCCGAGAGGGGCAAGUUGAGAAAGCUUUUCAGUUUCAUAACAAAAUGGUUAAGAAGUCAUUUAAACCAGAUCUGUUUACUUGUAAUAUUCUUCUUCGGGGGCUUUGUACAGAAGGUAUGCUUGAUAAGGCUCUUAAGCUCUUCAACACAUGGAUUUCAAAGGGAAAAGCUAUUGAUGCUGUUACCUACAACACGAUAAUAUCAGGCCUUUGCAAAGAAGACAGAUUUGAAGAAGCCUUUGAUCUUCUUGCAGAAAUGGAAGAAAAGAAGUUAGGGCCUGAUUGUUAUACAUAUAAUGCAAUUCUUAGUGCACUUGCUGAUGCAGGUAGAAUGAAGGAGGCUGAGGAGUUCAUGUCAAGAAUAGUCGAACAGGGAAAAUUGCAGGAUCAGACCAUAUCAUUAAAUAAAAGGAAAAUAGAGAGUAGUAGUGAAACUUCUCAAGAAUCUGAUCCAAAUUCUGUUACAUUUUCUGAACAGAUUAAUGAGCUGUGUACACAAGGGAAAUACAAGGAUGCAAUGCAUAUGGUUCAAGAAUCAACACAGAAGGGCAUCACUUUACAUAAAUCUACCUAUAUUAGUUUAAUGGAGGGACUUAUUAAGAGGCGAAAAAGCAUAUCAAGAUCCUGUUUAUCGCGGUGAACUUUUCUUGGGCUGUUCUUGACAGUGUGAAAGUGGAGGAAAGUUCAUCAUUAUCAUCGUUAACAUUGAUUAUGAGAACUUACCUACAAGGAUCCAGGUACAGUUGCGGUGCAGUAUCUAGAGAGAAACGGGUUCAAAAUCACGAUCAAUUCCUUUUUCAAAUCCUGCUGCAGCUGCACGAGAACGGCACACCUUAAUCAUUUAUGAUGAUCUCUCCAAACAAGUGCAGGCUUAUUGCCAAGUGUUGCUUCUAUUACGAAGACCACCUUACUCGAAAAAAGCCUUUUUCCUUGGAAGAUCUAUCUCGUAUCUGGUACUGCAUGGCCAUUCCGAAUUAAAGAAUUCGGAAUGAAUCCAAUCUUCCCAAGUGGGCAUGAACGUGAUCUGCUAACUUCGUCACUGUAUAGCUGUUAGAACAUACGAAUAACAUCUAAUCUCAUUGUUUAUCUUUUGACUGUUUUUUAUGUAGCCUAUAAGUUGAGCAUGCUGACUAUCAAAAUAAUGUCUUACUUUUUAUGGUAAAUAAUUGGAGAAAUUUUUGGGUGAA